CUCGCGCUUGCCAGUUGUUAACAUGGCGAUUUUUAGCGUCUACAUAGUCAAUAAGGCUGGCGGUUUAAUAUAUCAGUAUGAUAGCUACGUUCCUCGGUCUGAGAAUGAAAAGACAUUUAGUUUUCCUUUAGAUCUCGUUUUAAAGACACACGACGAGCGGGUUGUCGUAGCAUUUGGACAGCGAGAUGGCAUACGUGUGGGCCAUGCAGUUCUGUCUAUCAAUGGGGUGGAUGUGAAUGGCCGAUAUACCAGUGAUGGAAAGGAAGUGAUCGAGUACCUGAAGGACCCCACCAACUACCCGGUAGCCAUUCGCUUUGGUCGGCCCCGGCUGAGCUCUAAUGAGAAGCUCAUGUUGGCAUCAAUGUUCCACUCGCUUUUUGCUAUCGGCUCCCAGCUGUCCCCUGAAGAGAAGAGCUCUGGGAUUGAGAUGUUGGAGACGGACACGUUUAAGCUGCACUGCUUUCAGACGCUCACAGGUAUAAAAUUUAUCAUUUUGGCUGAUCCGCGGCAAGCUGGGAUUGACUCACUUCUGCGUAAAAUUUAUGAGAUUUAUUCUGACUUUGCUCUGAAAAACCCUUUCUACUCAUUGGAGAUGCCCAUCAGGUGUGAGCUGUUUGAUCAGAACUUGAAGCUGGCACUGGAGGUGGCAGAGAAGGCUGGGACAUUUGGACCAGGCUCAUGAUCCACACCAUCAUUGGGAAUUACUGGAUGUAAAGCUUUGUUGUCGGCUGGACUUGAGGGCACUGCAGCUAGGUGCUCACCCAGUGCCCUUUACUUGAUUGUAUGUCUCAUGGAGAGAAGCAAGUUGAGUGCAUUUCUUAAAGCAGCUCCAAUGUCUGCCUGCUUUGCAUAAAGUGAAGUGCACUAUAUUUGUAAAAUGUGAUAUGUAAAUACUGUACAGUGAUUAAACAUUCCUCUAGGAACAUAAAGCAUUACAUAUAAGAAUA